AUGUCGGACCCAGUCGCACAGGAUCACGCUCUCUCCACGCAGGUCAAGAAGGAGAAGGAUUCUUCCAGCUCCGAUCACACCCCUUCAGAUAACGUCCUGAGCGGUCCCAUCGAGGGCGAGGUGACAGAUUUCGAGGAGAGACGAUCCGACCUGGAGAAGCAAAAGACUGCCCAGGGCGCCGCCCACUUCAACCGUCUGGGAUGGAAGCGCCUGACCAUUGUUCUCAUCGUCGAGGCCAUUGCGCUCGGCUCUCUGAGUUUGCCCGCGGCCUUCGCCUCUCUCGGCAUGGUUGCCGGUGUCAUUUGCUGUAUCGGUCUCGGCCUCAUCGCCAUCUACACCUCUGAUAUCGUCGGAAAGGUCAAACUUGCCUAUCCCGAAGUUGCUCACUAUGCAGACGCCGGACGAUUGCUGGCUGGCCGCUGGGGAUACGAAGUCGUGGGCGCCAUGUUUGUUUUGCAGCUGACUUUUCUUGUCGGAUCGCAUUGCUUAACCGGCACCAUUGCAUUUCUCAACUUGACAGAGAAUGGAGCUUGCUCGGUCGUCUUUGGAGUCGUCUCCGCCAUCAUCCUACUUCUGCUUGCCAUUCCGCCUUCGUUUGCCGAGGUGGCUAUUCUGGGCUACGUCGAUUUCGUUUCCAUUCUUUUGGCCAUUGGCAUCACGAUUAUUGCCACGGGUGUGAGGGCCGCCCAGAUCGACGGCGGCCUGUCCGCGGUGGCCUGGUCGGCUUGGCCCAAGGAGGGACUUACCUUUGCGGAGGGAUUCAUCGCCAUCACCAACAUCUGCUUCGCCUAUAGUUUUUCCAUGUGCCAGUUCUCCUUUAUGGAUGAAAUGCACACCCCGGAGGACUAUCCCAAGUCCAUCUGGGCGCUCGGUCUUAUUGAGAUCUUCAUCUAUACCAUAACUGGUGCCCUCGUGUACUCGUUUGUUGGUGUUGACGUCAAGUCCCCGUCACUGCUCUCUGCCGGUCACACAAUUUCCAAGAUUGCUUUUGGCGUUGCUCUGCCCGUCAUCUUCAUUUCCGGCUCGAUCAACACCACCGUGAUUGGGCGAUACAUCCACGGCCGAAUUUACAAGGACUCAAUCACCCGCUUCAUCAACACACCCAAGGGCUGGGCAACUUGGUUUGCCGUCAUUAGCGCCAUCACCCUCGCUGCGUUUAUUAUUGCCGAGGUGAUUCCAUUCUUCAAUGAUCUGCUGUCGAUUUCGUCGUCACUCUUCAUCUCCGGCUUCACAUUUUACCUACCCGCGUGGAUGUGGUUCAAGCUUCUCAAGGACGGCCCCUGGUAUUCCAAGGCAAACAUCUUGCGAUCCAUUGCCAAUGCGGCUUGCUUCGUCAUCGGAAUCGUGGUUUUGGUCUGCGGCACAUACGCCAGUAUCGACGACAUUGUCUUGGCGUUUCGGUCGGGCAGGACCAGGGGAGUCUUUUCUUGCGGACCAAUUGCAUAA